GACACUUAUUUCUUGUGGAUUUGUGUGAUGCGGCGUUAUCAAAAAACAAAGCUCGUAUAAUUUACUAGAAAACAAAACAAACGUUAUUCAAUCAUGGUGAAGCUUACAACGGAGCUCAUACAGAACUCUAUGCAGUAUAUGAAUCCCUGUCGGGAUCGCGAAUUAGACUUGAGAGGUUACAAAAUACCACAAAUAGAAAACUUGGGGGCUACACUCGAUCAGUUUGAUACCAUUGAUUUCUCAGAUAAUGAUGUAAGAAAAUUGGAUGGUUUCCCCUUAUUGAAACGCUUGAAAUGCAUACUACUGAACAACAAUAGGAUUGUGAGGAUUGGUGAAUCAUUAGAGCAGUAUUUACCAAAUUUGGAGUCUCUGAUAAUGUCCAACAACAAUAUAACAGAACUUGGUGACUUGGAUCCUCUAGCUACAUUGCCGAAACUGAGAACACUGUCCCUAAUGAAUAAUCCAGUAGCAAAUAAGCAACAUUACAGAGCUUAUAUUGCAUUUAAAAUGCCAGAACUAAGGUUACUUGAUUUCCGAAAAAUUAAGCAAAAAGAGAGGGAUGACGCCAAUGUGCUGUUCAAGAGUAAAAAGGGCAAGGAAAUGCAAAAGGAGAUCAGUAGAAAGGCAAAGACCUUUGUCCCCGGAGGAAACAUGCCUGACAACAAAGUCACUAACCUCACUCCUCAAGAGAUCCACAAGAUCCGAGAAGCCAUCAAGAAUGCCUCGUCCCUGGUGGAGGUUGAGAAGCUCACAAGGAUGUUGCAGUCAGGGCAGAUUCCUGGGCAGAAGCCAUUGCAGGCACAGCCAACAAAUGGCCAGCAGGAAGACGAAGAAGAAAUGGAAACUGACCAGAAUGGCCUGUGAGAAUGCGAAACUUAUGUUAAGAAUAGAUACAUUUCCUUUAAUUUUAAGAAUAUACUUGUGUGCCGUUGAGCUGAUAAGAACAUACUACAAAUACUGCUUUUAAGGUGGAUACUACACAAUAAACCUUAUUUAGCAAAAGAACAGAUACACACUUUCUUAUUAGCGAAACUUUUUUU